GGUAGGUGUAUGUUCUUCUGUGUUCGUGUAUAUUUUCUAGUUCCCGUUGUUUAUUGGUGAAAUUUUUGCCCAGAUUUCCAAGUGAGGAUAUUAAGUGACCAAUAUAUUGACAGGUGUCUCAAUGCUACUGAAUCCAGAUAAUGCACAAGAUAACCAAAGGUUUGAAAAAGAAGAAAAAAGGCAAGAAAUCCAAACGAAAAGAAGAGGAGCUAUUUAAGCCGGAAGAACUAGAGAACUACCGCAGGGAACACCAAGGAACCAGCGAGGAAGGACCAGCAGCACAAAACGAAGAGUGGAAAAAAUUUCUCGCUCUCACUUCCGGAGUUGAUGACAUCCUCAAGAAAACCCAGGGAGAUCUAGAUCGGAUCAAGAGUACUUCCUUCUUCCAGAGAAAACCGACAGAAAGUGAAGUUAGGAGAACAGAAGAGACUGCUAGGGCGAUAGUCCAAGAAAAAGAAGUUGCUAAAGAAGAGCCUGCAAAACCUACUCCAUCCCAACUUGGCAUCGUAGAGGUCUCAGAGUCCGAGUCAGAAGAAGAUGAAGAUGACGGUAUCUUCGAUACUGCCUACAUUGAUGCGAUAGCCGCAGGAGAAGUCAAGUUAGCGUACAUCCCAGAGUCUCCAACUGAGAAACAAGACGGAGAUGAUCCGUUUGACACUUCUAUCGCCGAGAGAGCAAUCUUAGGACCAGAAGUUGAAAGGAAGGGAAAGAAACUAGUGCCAUUAGGAUCAGCAGUCGAAGUACUCACCGGGAGAGUUCAGCUGCCUACUUGCGCUACCAAACGCCCCAUUGCUAGGAGGCAGAUUCUCAAGGAAAAGGACUUGUUAUUGGGGAGUUUCGACGAUACUUCUAAAUUGGAAAUUGCCGUUGAAGAUACAUCAGAAAUAAAAAAGACUCUUUUGGACGAAGACCCUGUACCACUGCCGGGAGCGCCUAUUGAUUUGAGCAAUCCAAUACAGUUUCCUCCAGUUUCACUACCCGUUUCUAUCGUCCCCGCCGAUGAGGGGAGCAUAAUCGAUGAGUUUGACGUCAUUGCCAAGACAGUCGAUGAUGACGAUAUAGAAUUUGAAGCCUUGGCUGCUGAGAGCUUGUCAAAAACUUCCAGUGCUACAGUGAAUUUGCAGUUUGAUGUCUCGUCGACAGUAGCUGACGAUUUCAAGUGGAGCGCUUUUGAGGCAGAGCCCAUUCCAAAUGAUGAAGAACUUUUAGAAGACGAUCCAUUCGAUACAACCUUUGCUGCGAAUAUCUUGCCAGAUCUCAAGUUGGACAAAACUAUCUUUGGUGAAAUACAAUCAUCAGGUUUGGUCAAUGGAGAUAUCGAUGAGAAUCUAAUAUAUUCUGAUGAACGUAUCUCAGAAAGUGAUCUGAAUUUGAUCAAACCAGAAGACAGGGAUCUUCUUGGAGGCAGCAACGUUGACUUAUCCACUUGCGGUUUUCAAAUUCAACAAAAAUCCAGCGGAACCAACUCUGACCCCUUCCAAACCAAAAAAUCUGAUGAAGACGUUUUGAGCGAUGACGAAUUCGAUCCAAGAGCCGAAGAAAAGAGAAGAGAACGAACCACCUCACGACCAGACAUUUUGAAUAUCUCCGGAGUUAAAACUGUGUCGUUUGAUCUGACAUCUCCAAAUCAAACCGCACUAGAUAUCGACAAAAACAAAAUAGCCAAACCUUUGACACCCUUCUACUCAAGGAAGAACUCUGUACCAGAGUUACCGAUCUCUGAAGAUCCUUUCGACACCUCAUUCGCAACCAACGUAGCCCCUGGUAAGGCAGAGUUGAAACUCAUCGAAAGUGAACUGUUUGAUCCAGAAGUUGAGAGGAAUUUGAGCCUGGUUGAUAAAAACUUCGAUCCAAGAGACGAAACCCAGGCGAAGAUAGAUCGAAUUGUAAACAGCAUCAAAGAGAUCUCUAAGCCUAAGUUGAGUUCACUCUCAGAAUCCAUCGAUCUACUAGCGAUUGAUAACGACAUCUCCAUUAAAGUCCUCACUCCGGGUGACGUGAAGUAUAAUCCUGAGGAAUUCAGCUACUGCGAUCCGUUCGACACUUCGAUAGCUUGUAACAUCCUACCGGGUAAGACCGAACUGAAGAUACUAGAAAACGAACUCAUCUUCUCGCCUCCAGAUAUCGCUUCCGAUAUAAAAAUCGACGAUAUAUUGAUCCAAGGCGAAGAUAUAAUAAUUAGGAAACCACUAAAUCCUUCUGAACAAAGCAAAUCUGCGGUGCCUGAAGAUUUUGAUCCCUUCGACACUAGUUGUGCUAAUAAUAUACAACCUGGUAAGGCUGAACUGAAGCUACUUGAAUCAGAGCUUAUAUAAGAUGGCAGCAAAUCCAUUUCUCUUC